AUGGAGAGUGCACUGUGUUGUAGCGAAGAGCCGUUCGGAGUAGUGGGCUUGGCAGCUGACGGCGUUCAGCUGUUGCGCGAGGGCGGUUGGUCGCAUAGCAGCAGGAGCAGCAGCAGCAGCAGCUUGAGCAGUCUCAACGCAGGCCGGGACAUUGGGAUCGAGUGCGGCAGCAACAGUGACAGCGACUCGCUGUCGGACAGUGAUGGCAGUGAUAGCAGUGGCUACUCGAGCGGGCUGGCAGAAGAAGGGGCGGAGCGGGCCAAGAAGCAGCAUGCGGGAGGGUCGUCGUGUGAAGAGGCAUCAUUGGCCCGCCCUGCCCAUCCCGCUGCUUUGCAUGCCCUGUACUGGACAUUCGUGUUCAACUGCUUUAGCGAGCAAUCGUGGCGAUUUGCAGGGGCAGCUUUGCUCGCGUUAUUGCAUCAAUCGAUACUGCCCGUGGCUGUGGCCCGAUUCGCUAGCCAGCUGGUGGCGUGUGUGGCGGCGCCACUGGUGGGCGACCUCUUGGACUCCGCGCCCAGGGUGCCCGCCCUCACAGCCAUCCUCGUCGCGCAGAGCAGCGCCAUCAUGGUGGGAGCAGCAGCCACCAUGCACGCGCUGCACCUCGCCUACCCUGCUGCCGUUGCACCUGCUGCCGCGGAUUCAGCCGCCACAUCAUCUGCCACGUCAGCGCUGUCGGCACUGCCCGCAGCGGCGGUGCUGCAGCAGGUGUGGUUCGUGGUGCUGUUGGUGGCGGGCGCGGUGGAGCGCGUGAUGGGGCUGGUCACGGGCGUGGCCGUGGAGAUCGACUGGGUCCUCGUGCUGGUGGGAGAGGGUCGGCCGGAGCUCAUGGCGACGGCCAUGGCCACGCUGGGGAGGAUCGAGCAGUUCGGCGAGGUGGCAGGAGCGUUCAUAUUUGGGGGCCUCAUUGCCACGUAUGGGCCGUUCGUCUGUGUCAAAGCAUGCAUUGCCCUCGCUGCGCUCUCCAUCCCUGCUCUCCUUGCGCUGACUGCUCUCACCAACCACCUCUCACACGGGGCCCUCAGCCACACUUGCCCCUCUGAGACCUCCGAGUCCUCACAGGGGCUGGUGCCCGCUGUUGAUGCUGCUGCCGAGGAUACCAAUGCCGCUGUACUACCCCACGUGCUUGAUGCUGCACCUCUCAUGGUGUCGAGUGGGCAAGCAGCAAGGCCAGGGGGCUCAUUCAGCAUGAUGCAGGAGGCAGAAUGGGCAAGCGACGACACACUCAUUUCACCAACUAAUCCACCCCGAACUGCGUCAACCACAACAACUGCGGCACUGUCUUUUAGGGCAUUGCCAGUAGAGAACACUCUUUGGAGGUGCGCAAAAGCAGCGCCAACGACAGCUGUGGCAGUGGUUGCAGCGGCAGGAGCGGCGGCGUCAGCAAUGGGGAGGGCAGCAGGGAAGGGGUGGAGGUGCAUGAUGCAGGAGGCGGUGAUGCCUGCGAGCAUGGCGUACGUGCUGCUGUGCUUCAAUGCUGUGCUCGCGCCGGGGGGCCUCAUGACCUCCUUCCUCUUCAACCACGGGGUGGGCAUGGCAGUGAUAGGCGCAUUCAGCAGUGCGUGUGCGGCCAUGGGCUUCGUGGCCUGCUUCAUCUCGCCUGCACUCGUCGCACGACUCGGCAUCCUGCAGGCGGGCAGCAUCGCCAUUCUCUUCCAGGCCACCAUGCUCGCCCUCUCCGUGCUCGACUUCUCCUCCCUCCCUCUCUGCCCUAGCUUUCUGCACCAAGGCCUGCUCAUGAUCUUCCUCUUGCUCGUGGUGCUGUCGCGCAUGGGGCAGGGCAUGUAUCAGAUAGUGGGGUGUCAGAUCAUCCAGGCCGUGCCAGCAGCAUCAGCCAACCUGUUUGGCACCACGGAGAUGGCUCUGGGCAGCCUAGCAGAGCUCGCCAUGCUCUCCCUCGCCAUCCUCUUCCACGAUCCCAAGUACUUCGGCGCCCUUAUGCUCAUGUCCUUUGCCGCCGUCCUUGCUGCUGCUGCACUCUAUUGCCACUGGCUGGCCAGGCCCGACCCCAGGCUGGCAAAGCUGUUUCCGAAUCAACCAAAGUUCUGGUGGGGGAAUCUGCUUUUGGGGGGAAUUGGGCGGGAAGAAAGAGAACGGGAAGAGGAAGCUUUGCUGGGUGAGCAAGAACUAGGGUUGGGGGAUCAUCGAAGACGAGAAGCUGGGGAUGAAGAGGUGGGAUUGUUGAGAGACAGGCAGGUGUAG